ACAUUUUUAAUUUCCUCCAAAAGAAAAACAGAGCAUCCUCCAUUUUUCAUCUGUUUUCUUCCGGAACGGCCCCAUGGAUCUGGAUCUCCAAUGGCUUCUGGAUUUCGCUCAGGGCAUGACGAAGCCGCUCCUCGCCACCGCCAUUGUCGCCGUUGCCGUCGCGCUCUCUUACUUUCAGAAGCUCGGCCUCGAAGGCGAAAUGGUGUACGCCAUCUUCAGAGCCUUCCUCCAGCUCUCUGUUAUUGGCUUCGUUCUCCAGUUCAUCUUCAACCAGCAAAAUCUCCUCUGGAUUCUUCUCGCUUAUCUCUUCAUGGUUACGGUUGCGGGAUACACGGCAGGGCAGCGUGCGAAGCACGUGCCUCGCGGGAAGGUGGUGGCCGGAGUUUCAAUAUUGGCCGGAACUUCGGUGACGAUGGUUCUGCUGGUGGCGUUGAAAGUUUUCCCCUUCACUCCAAGGUACAUAAUCCCCGUCGCCGGAAUGAUGGUCGGAAAUUCCAUGACGGUCACCGGAGUCACCAUGAAAAGACUCAGAGAUGAUAUCAGAACUCAAUUCAACCUCGUGGAGACAGCAUUGGCUCUAGGAGCGACGCCGCGGCAAGCGACACACCAACAAGUGAAGAGAGCGCUGGUGGUGGCCCUAUCACCGGUGGUCGACAACGCGAAGACGGUGGGGCUGAUAUCGCUGCCGGGGGCGAUGACGGGGCUGAUCAUGGGCGGCGCUUCUCCGAUCGAAGCCAUUCAGCUCCAAAUCGUGGUUAUGAACUUUCUCAUCGGCGCUUCCACCGUCAGCAGCAUAUUGUCCACUUACCUCUGCUGGCCUUCCUUCUUCACCGCCGCCUAUCAGCUGGAAACCGCCGUCUUCGCCGCCGCCUGAUCUGUGAUAUCCUCUCUCUCUUAAUUUCUUUUUUGGAGCUUAAAUGUACAUUCCAUUGCGCUCAUUUUUGUUUUUGUUUAUAAAUUUUCACUCUAAAUUAUAAACUUAGUUUUCUAUUUUCU